GCGGCGACAGCGCGACACACCGCGACCUGCAUCGUCGUCCCAUCUUUGGUGCCGUCACUGUCUCAACAGCCUCAUCAUGGAGUCAAUACGGCCAGCGCUCGCAACAGUGCGCCUAGCAGUCCCCCGUCGCGCAUACCGCCCCUUUUACCAGUGUCUGCACACAUCAGCAACACGAUGCGCCACCCCUCUCCCCCACCCGUCCGUACCUGGACCGCCGCCAGAGACGCCCACGCCCUCCGCCUCGGACGCUUUGGACCGCGUCGCGAGGAAGCGGCGGCAGGCUGAGAUGCUGCAACAGGCGAAGGGGGCUCGCACAAGCGCAGCGAAGCCCACCAGCGUGCUGAAGAAGCGCUUCUGGAACGAUGUCAACAUCAGGGAAAGCGACAACGGCUUCCAGGUCUUCCUCGACAACCGCCCCGUCCGCACUCCCAACAAGGACACCCUCACCGUCCCCGCGUCGAAGCACCAGCUCGCCACUGCUAUCGCCCUCGAAUGGGAUCUCCUCGUCAGCGCACAGCAGGCCCUCAAGACCCACUACAUCCCAAUGACCUCGCUCGCCGCCCGCGCCAUCGACGUCGAGCUCGCAGACAGCAAGGGCGACGAGCGCGUCCGCGAGUCUAUCGUCCAGCUGUGCAUGCGCUACCUGUCCACCGACACGCUGCUCUGCUGGGCGCCGGAGCACGUCCUCAACGACGUCAAGCAGAACGGCAAGACGCUGCGCCAGCUGCAGGAGGAGGUCGCGACAGGCAUCAUCGCAUACCUGACAAGCAACGUCUGGCCCGGCGUGCAGAUCGAGCCCAUCCUCGAUGCCGAUAGCAUCGUGCCCAUCGACCAGCCUGAGAUGACCAGGGAACUCAUCCGCGCAUGGGUCUCCGGUCUGCCCGCCUACGAGCUCGCCGGCCUCGAGCGCGCCGUGCUGGCCAGCAAGAGCGUGCUGAUCGCCACACGACUUAUCCACGAGUGGGCCGAGGGCUUCGCCGCGUCACGCCAGCCCGGCGCAAAGAAGACGUUUGGCAUUGAGGAGGCUGCUGAGGCUGCGAGCCUGGAGGUCAGGUGGCAGACAAAGGCAUGGGGAGAGGUCGAGGACACGCACGACGUUGAGAAGGAGGACAUGAAGCGCCAGCUCGGCAGCGUUAUUCUGCUUGUUGGCGGCGACUCGGCAUAAGCACGGGUCGGGCGUGUAACGAUAGAUGUAGAAUAGACGGUAGCAAGAGCUGCUUUGUAGACAUGUG